UCAAUGAACAAUUCCAAAAUCACAAUUUUUCUCAUGGUCCAUGAUCGGCACUCACAAACAAAAACAACAGCAACAACAAAGUAGUUUCGUUUCCAAAGAUCGUUGUUGUGGUUUCGUUUUCGUAUGUCAACUUUGUGAAUCUCGCAGUGAUGGUUCGAUGAUUCUGGCGUGUAACGAUGAACGAACGAAAUUCCCGCGUUUUCCUCACCCAAAACCGCGUUCCCCUCUAAAUCUGUGGAGCCACAAAUAAACAAACCAAUCCCAAAACGGAUUGAAAAUUCGUAGACCCUCUUUUGACCACACUUUCAUUCUCCUUUCUUUCUUUCUUUCUGUGAUUGUUUCACCUUCGCUGUGAUUCCGUGUGUGUCCUCGCCGCCACACAAGCAGGGAAGGUUUUGUAAACAUGAACGGGAAAGCUUCCGUUUCGAAAGAGCUUCAUGCUAAGCACGCUAAGAUUUUAGAGGGACUUCUUAAGCUGCCUGACAACAGGGAAUGUGCAGAUUGUAGGAACAAGGCACCGCGAUGGGCAAGUGUGAACUUAGGAAUUUUCAUUUGCAUGCAAUGUUCAGGGAUUCACCGAAGUCUUGGAGUGCAUAUAUCAAAGGUGCGGUCCACAACUUUGGAUACAUGGUUGCCAGAUCAAGUUUCUUUCAUGCAGUUGAUAGGUAAUGCGAGGUCAAAUAAGCACUGGGAGGCAAAACUGCCACCAAACUUUGACAGCAAUGGAUAUGGAAUCGAGAAGUUUAUAAAUGCCAAGUACGUGGAGAAAAGAUGGGCUUCGCAAGGUGAGUUUCUAGCAGCAUUAAAGUCAGCUGACCCAACCUUUAACUUGAAUGAGUCCCCAGAAGUUGGGGCCAAGAGUGGUAUUCAAAAAAAUAGGAGAUUGUCCCUUGAUGAAAGCAUUCUUGUUGACCAUAUGGCGCGAAUUCGGCCUCCUGUAGCUAAACCUCUAGAGGGGUCCUUAGAUAUACAUAAGAAGAUUUCACCACCAUUGAAGAGGCCAUCUGCAUCAGUUGAUUAUGGUAACCGUAUUGAAAAGAGCAAUGGUACUGUUGAUCUUUUUGGCUUGCUUUCCAUCCAUGAUGAUAAGCAGGGUUUCUCAACUGCACCUCCUCCUAGUUGGACAACAUUUGAUUGAGAAGGCGCGUAGGGUGUUAGUUUAUAUAUUGUUGAGCUCUCUCUUUGGGUAGAUGUCACAACUCAUAAUAUCACAGUUACAGACAUUCUUGCAGCCUUGCACGAACAUUGAGCUGCAUUUGACUGGUUUGAGGACAAAUUUUUCAAUUAACACGGGCUGGAGCAAGAUAUAACUUAGGCGCUCAUCUGCAACACUUUGUCAACUAAAUGGUUUGAUUUUCAUUGUUGGUCAUAUUACUUAAUUGAAAAAACAGUUACUGAUUCAGGUGAAGAAAGGGAUCUAGGAAAUUAGAGUUGUUAGCCUUUUCAUCUUUCAGAGUCUCACUGGAAGAGGUUGUAGUUGAAAGAUGCCCUGCUUAUUUUUAUUCUUCUUUUACUAGUGCGCCCUUUUUAGUUUUUUAUUUUAUUUUAAAUUUGGGUCCAACCUUUUCAGUUUAUAUCAGAGUCUAAAUGUAACGUUCCCAUGAACCCAAGAAAUAUCAGUGUAAAUGUACAGCAGCCAACUUGUGCAUUGAA